AUGACCCCACAAAAGAAUUCUUUGCCACCACCGGCCGAUCGACUCGUUCUGUUUGUUGGCAAGUUAUUACUAUUAGCAUACCAUACAAAUACCGACGGUCUUCGAGCUGACAAAGUUAUUGAACGUCAAGGACAGGACCGAGCCAAGUUUUUACGUCGGAUCAUGAAGGAGGAGGGCACUUGGGGAGUGUCGCAUACGCGUGUGCCUACUGAGUCUCGCCCUGGCCACGUGGCAAUUAUUGCCGGCUUUUACGAGGAUGUCAGCGCUGUAACAACAGGUUGGACGAUGAAUCCUGUCAAUUUUGAUUCUGUGUUUAAUCAAUCGCGUCAUACAUGGUCGUUCGGCUCACCGGAUAUCCUUCCGAUGUUUCAGCUUGGUGCCACCGAUCCUGAAUCUGUGGAGACAUUUAUGUAUCCACCCGAAUUUGAAGAUUUCUCAGGAGAGGCUUCCCAUCUGGAUACGUGGGUCUUUGACCAUGUCAAGGAUCUGUUUGCACGCGCUAAAGAUGAUCCGGAGCUCAACAGAAAGCUACGACAAGAUAAAAUCGUUUUUUUCCUGCAUUUGCUCGGCUUGGACACGAACGGGCAUGGCUUCCGACCACAUUCAGAAGAAUAUCACAACAACAUCGAACUGGUCGACAAGGGCAUUGCUGAGAUGACUCGGAUCAUGGAAGACUUUUAUGGAUAUGAUGGCCGGACGAGCUAUAUUUUUACAGCGGAUCACGGUAUGAACAACAGGGGUGGUCAUGGUGACGGACACCCAGAUUGCACACGCACACCGUUGGUUGCUUGGGGCGCCGGUAUUAGAGGACCGAGAAAAACGGGGUUGGGCCAUGACGACUUCUCGGCCGGAUCGGACUUGAGUGAGUGGCAGCGCGAUGAUGUGCUUCAGGCUGAUAUUGCACCGCUUAUGUCCACGCUCAUUGGAACGGAUCUUCCUGUAAACAAUGUUGGAGAACUGCCGGUUAGCUAUUUGAAAGAGGACGAGAGAUUCCGAGCGGAAGCUGUUUUUGCAAAUGCACGAGAAAUUCUGGCUCAGUACCAAGUCAAGCAUGAUGAAAAAGAGCGUGACGAGUUGUUUUUCCGGCCUUUCCCACCUCUUUCUGGAUUAAACAGCCCGGAUACAUUUGUUCAAGAUAUCCGCAAUCGUAUUAAAGCUGGAGAAUAUACCAGAGCGGAAAUCUUGUCUCAAGAACUUAUCCAGCUUUCCCUGCAUGGCUUGCGAUAUUUCCAAACGUACGACUGGCUCUUUUUACGCGGAAUCAUAACUGCAGGUUAUGUGGGAUGGUGCGUGUAUUGCCUCGUCUUUGUGAUCAAGUUUUAUGUGUUAGCACGUCCAGCCGAGAAACCUUUGUCCAAAUCAGGCGUCUGGUUGAUUGAUGCGCUCUCAGUGUCUGUAUUUGGUGGAUUGACCAGUAUGAUCUGGAUCCAGAAUAUGCCGCCCAUGUACUACGCGUACAGCCUUUUCCCUGUAUACUUCUGGAACCAAAUUCUUCGCCAUCGGAAUACUCUUGUUGCCGGUCUGCAGCUGGUGUCGCGCAAUGGUUGGGCUGUGUUCAUUCUGGGAGUUACUGCAUUUAUCUUGAUAAUGGAAGCAUUGGUUUAUAGUUUCUUCAGACGCGAAGUGCUUUCUGCCUGUUUUCUUCUUUUGUCGGCAUGGCCAAUAGUCUCCUCGAAACGCGUGCGUAAUGAGCAUCGUGCAUUAUUGGUCUCCUGGAUAGGCGCUUGUCUUUGCACAAGCGUUUUUACUCUGCUGCCCGUCGAAAAAGGAGAGGAUAUCAAUCUUGUACACUACGAGCGCAAAGUGUAUCUCAAAAGGGUAUUAAUGCUGAGCAGUGUGUUGGGCGGCAUAGCAGCCAUGUUGCUCAGCAUUGCUCUGGUAUACUCCACGUCGCAAAGCAUACAACAAAAGAACGGUCUACCAUUUGUUAAUCAAAUAUUGAGCUGGGCUAUAGUUGGUUUUUCGACACUCUUGCCAUUUGUUUACCGUGGAAACCCUGACGACGACUAUCUGGCGAGAUUACUGACUAUCUGCUUGGCAUUUGGGCCUUUGAUCAUCCUGCUCAGUAUCUCUUACGAAAUGCUGUUUUAUGUUUGCUUCUGCACUACGGUCCUACUUUGGUUAGAAGUGGAACGCGAGAUAUACCGUGGAAGUCGCGUAUCUAUCAUACGCUCGUUGAUGGUGGGCGACGUACGAGCAUCUCUUUAUUUUCUGUUCUUUAUCAACGUUGCUUUCUUUGGCACGGGUAAUGUGGCGUCCUUGAGCAGUUUCUCGUUAGAGAGCGUGUAUCGCUUCGUGACGAUAUUUAACCCCUUUCUGAUGGGCGCGCUUUUGAUUGUCAAAAUUCUGGUACCAUUCUUUGUUGUAUCAGCGGUUCUUGGUGUGUUGAGCACAAGCCUUGACCUACAGCCGUUCAGCCUGUUCUUAGCGGUGAUGACCGUGACAGAUGUCCAGACCAUCAACUUUUUCUACUUUGUAUCGGAUUACGGAAGCUGGCUGGAGAUUGGUACGAGCAUCAGCCACUUUUGUAUUGCUGAGCUGUUUAUUAUUUUCUCUAUUAUCUUAUUCCUGCUUUCUCGGCUGUUGGUUGGCCAUCUCAUCGUACCCCGUUUGAUCAAGGAAAAACAAACAUAG